GUGGGAUGGCGGCGCUGCUGGGACGGCGCCAAGGAAGGGGGGCGGCUGUUGGGUCGGCUGUGAGCCCUCCCCCGGGCCGGUGGGACGGGCUGUUCCUCCUCUCCUCACCUCACCUCACUUCACCUCCUGCAUGCCGCCGGUGCCGGGGGCGCUGUGGAGCGGGGCACGGGCCCGCCCGCCAUGGCCGAGGCAGGAGCGGGAAGCGCUGAGGGGGCCGAGGAGGAGCGGCGAGCUGCUGAAGAUGAUUUCUCAAUAGAUGGAAACCCAUGUAUUGCUUCUGGAGUACCCAGCCUCAUGAAUCCAAUAACUAAGUCUGCAGCCACUGCUUCUUUCAGUGCUUCUGUGGCCGAGAUUCCAAGGAAGCGAAAAGGAAGUGAUUCUGAUAACCAGGAGACAGUUGAAGUUGAUGGUGAUCCUCAGAAAAGGAGUGAAGAUGAAGAACACAUUAAAAUAAAAGAUUUCAGAGAGGCUCACAGUCAAACGGAGAAACGAAGAAGAGACAAAAUGAACAAUUUGAUAGAAGAAUUGUCUGCUAUGAUACCUCAGUGCAAUCCCAUGGCACGAAAGCUAGACAAGCUUACAGUAUUACGAAUGGCUGUGCAACACUUAAAAUCUUUAAAAGGUUCCACUAGCUCCUAUGCAGAAGUCCGGUAUAAGCCUUCAUUUUUAAAGGAUGAUGAGCUCCGACAGUUAAUCCUGAGGGCUGCAGAUGGAUUCCUAUUUGUGGUUGGCUGCAACAGAGGAAAAAUUCUGUUUGUCUCAGAAUCAGUUUGCAAAAUACUUAAUUAUGAUCAGGCGAGUUUAAUCGGACAAAGUUUGUUUGAUUAUUUGCAUCCAAAAGAUGUUGCAAAAGUUAAGGAGCAACUUUCUUCUUCAGAUGUCUCUCCUAGGGAGAAGCUCGUAGAUGGGAAAACUGGCUUGCAAGUACAUACAGAUUUUCAAGCUGGACCAGCUCGACUGAAUUCUGGUGCUCGGCGUUCCUUCUUCUGUCGCAUAAAAUGUAGCAGGACAACAGUAAAAGAAGAAAAGGAGUGCUUGCCCAAUCCAAAGAAGAAAGAUCACAGAAAAUACUGUACCAUUCACUGUACUGGGUAUUUGAAGAACUGGCCUCCUAGUGAGGUGGGAGUGGAAGAGGAAAACGAUGUAGAAAAGGACAGUAGUAACUAUAACUGUCUUGUUGCAAUUGGGAGGUUACACCCUUAUAUUGUUCCACAAAAGAGCGGAGAGAUAAAAGUCAAAGCAACAGAAUUUGUUUCACGAUUUGCCAUGGAUGGAAAGUUUGUUUAUGUUGAUCAGCGCGCAACAGCAAUUUUAGGGUAUCUGCCACAAGAGCUACUAGGAACUUCUUGUUACGAGUACUGCCAUCAAGAUGAUCACAAUCAUCUAGCUGAAAAACAUAAAGAAGUAUUGCAGAAUAAAGAAAAAGUAUUUACAAAUUCCUACAAAUUUAGAGCAAAAGAUGGGACUUUUGUUACUUUAAAGAGUCAGUGGUUUAGUUUCAUGAAUCCAUGGACCAAAGAACUGGAGUACAUUGUAUCAAACAACACUGUGGUAUUAGGUCAUAAUGAGUCAGCUGAAGAACAGGACCCCUACAGUUCCCAGCCUGCAGAAGAUGCUGUAAAACAGUCUCUAGUAAGUGUACCUGGAAUGUCCUCUGGAACAGUUCUUGGUGCUGGAAGUAUAGGAACCGAAAUUGCAAAUGAAAUAUUAGAAUUGCAAAGGUUGCAUGCUUCACCAUCUGGGGAGUUAAGUCCAUCAGAUCUCUUGAGAAAGUCACCUUCUCCAGCUUUAACUGUAAACUGCAGCAAUGUGCCAAACAAAGAGUUGAUUCAGCUGUGUCCUUCAGAAGCAGAAGUCUUAGAGAAUACAGAUCAAAACCAGGGUGCUAUUCCAUUUCCCAGUAGUGAACCUCUCCUCAGUGCUAAUUCUCAGCUGGAUUUCGAUGCAAUCUGUGAAAAUGAUGACACUGCUAUGACAGCCCUUAUGAAUUACUUGGAGGCUGAUGGAGGACUUGGGGAUCCAGCUGAACUCGCUGAUAUACAAUGGGCUCUCUAGUUUUGCUUUUUCAAAAUAAGAAGGAAUGUAAAAUCCAUAAUGCACAAGAACCGUACAUCCUCAGUACUGUAUUAUAAUUUUUUAAUGUUUCAUUUGAAUUCAUACUUACUGUCUAUAUAUUUUUAAAGACUGAAGACUUGCUCAGAGAGAGACAGUUUCUGCUGCACCUAUGGAAAAAAUGCAAUAUUUUUUUUCAUGAUGGGGAAACCUUGAAAUUUUAAUACUGAACCAUCUUUAACUGGAAUGCUUAAAACACGUUACUAUAUUUUUGCUAAAAAGACUUAACCAAAAGGUACUGUACAAUGUACAGGAAUUUUCAUAGUUUUAAUACUAAAACUUUUAUUUAUUGUUUUUGUUUCAAAUGGUAGAUUAUACAUGUUACUUUCUGUAGAACCUACUGUAUUUAGACAGUUAAAGAAUAUUUGUAACUAUUAAAUUGCAUUGAAAUUAGUAUUUGCACACACUAAAGUUGUAAAGUAAGGUAUUGUAAUUCUCAAAUGAUGUGGUUUGUGACUCCCUGCCCUUUUCAGAAGUGCAAUUCUUGUAGUCAAAAGUGAAAAUAAAGCAUGAAGUUCUGGGAGCAAGGGUUUGAAUUACAUCAUUGUAACAAUCAGAGAAUAUUUUGAGAAAAACAGUCACAUUCCCAGUACAAAAAUGUAAUAAGACUAUAAGAGAGCUACAAAACCUUAAUUACUGAUUUCUAUUAUUUGUAGUGUGUUAUUAGAAAGGCAGAGCAUAGAACCUAAGACAAGUAAUGCUUUAACUGUAUUAAAGCACUUUGGUCUCAUUACAGGUUAUUUAGUAUCUAGACAAGUUUGGAUAAAUUGUUUUGGUUCCAGGUUGAGGCUAGCACUGUAUGUUAGAUUAAAAACAUUAAAAUUCUUUAGUAUCUUUUAUAGUCUGUGUUUUUGGAGAGGUUAGGGUGAUUUUCUAUUUCUUGAGUCUGUGACCUAAAUAUUUCUGUACUGUA